AAUAUCAAGCCUUUGUAUAUAAAUUGCCGUCACGUGGCUCGCAACAGUUUACAAGUCAUUCAAUUUUUUCUUCUCAAACGUAUACUAACGUUCACGCUACGUUUUAAAUAUUUAGUUCUCCAAACUAUUUUAUACCGUGUUCGUGUACUUAUUUACUAAUCAAAAAUAAGUAUUAUCUUGUUUAUAAAUUUGUGUCAAAAUUGUAAAAUUCUUAGCAAUGGUACAGACUAUCAAUGAUGUCGACAGACAUUCAGUGCAUACACUAGUAUUUCGUUCAUUGAAACGAACACAUGAUGUCUUUCUUAAAAAUACAGGACUUAUGCCACCAACUGAUACCACAUUGUAUAAAAAGUUGAAAAGUAUCAAAGCUAGAGACACAUACGGUCACAUUGUUGACAAAGUUAAAAGUCAACCUCUUGCACAACCAAUUCCUUCAAAUAUUAAUGCGGAACCACCCCCGCCAGGUGUUGAUGCAUCCAUCGAAACUCAAAAUGAUACGGCUUUGGUACCAGUCAGUAUACCAGGAGUUACAUCAGUGGUACCUACACCAAAUUAUUCAAGAACAGUAGCGAUGCCUGUUAAGAAAUCACCUCUGGUAUUAAAACCUAAAUGGCAUGCACCAUGGAAACUAUACCGAGUCAUCAGUGGUCAUCUUGGAUGGGUGAGAUGUUGCGCUAUUGAACCAGGAAACGAAUUAUUUGCCACCGGCGCGGGUGACCGAAUCAUAAAAAUUUGGGACCUGGCAAGUGGACACUUGAAAAUUUCAUUGACUGGACACGUCAGUACAGUAAGAGGUCUAGCAUUUUCCAACCGGCAUCCUUACUUAUUUUCAUGCGGUGAAGACAAGCAAGUAAAGUGCUGGGACUUGGAGUAUAACAAAGUUAUCAGACACUAUCAUGGACAUUUAUCAGCAGUUUACUGUAUGGCACUUCAUCCGACUAUUGAUGUUCUGACAACAGCCGGUCGAGACUCUACUGCAAGAGUUUGGGACAUGAGGACAAAAGCUAAUAUCCAUACUUUAGUUGGACACACCAAUACAGUAGGUGCUGUCCUCUGUCAAAGUGCUGAGCCUCAGAUUAUUACCGGAAGUCAUGACGCCACAAUAAGAUUGUGGGAUUUAGCUUCUGGAAAAUCUCAAGCCACGUUAACUCAUCACAAAAAAAGUGUUCGUGCACUUUGUUUGCAUCCAACAUCUUAUAUGUUUGCGUCCGGAGCUCCAGAUAAUAUUAGAACCUGGAAAUGUCCAGAGGGUAAAUUUAUACAAAGUUUACCGGGACAUAAUGCACUUAUUAAUUGUUUAGCAGUUAAUGCGGACGGUGUAUUAGUAUCAGGUGCUGAUAAUGGAUCAAUGCACUUAUGGGACUUUAGAACUGGCUACAAUUUUCAACGUUUGUGUCCACCUGUUCAACCUGGAUCUAUGGAUAGUGAAGCUGGUAUAUUUAGUGCGACUUUCGACAUGUCAGGGUCUAGAUUAAUAACAACCGGAGCAGAUAAAACAAUUAAAUUAUUUAAAGAGUGUGAUGAUGCUACUGAAGAAAGCCAUCCUGUCAACUGGAAACCGGAAAUAAUAAGAAGAAGAAAGUUUUAAAAACUGAAAAAUUUAAUUUUACAAAAUUACAAUAAAUAAUACUACUUCAUAUAU